GGUGGUUGGGUAGCCUGCAGCAGCAGCAGCGGCAGCAGCCAGCGUUUCGUCGUGGAGGAGGAUUUUACUCUCGGAGAUGGAAGGGAGGAACGGGAGCGCAGCAGCAGCAGCAAUUUCGAGGAGAGAUCUGAGCAAGACGAGAAUCCCCUGCCAAGAAAGCAGAAGAACACGUUCUUUUUCUGCGACGAAUGGCUCGGCUGUACUCUAGUGCGGAUGGAGCUCAAUUCUCCCACAGAGGCGACGUGAAGCGGAAAUCUCCUCUCGAGACAGCACAGUCUGCUGCCUCACUCUCUGCCGGGAUAGAUGAGUGACGGGAGGAUUUCCUCACGAGCGACCGAGAGGGCGAACCACCGAGCAAGGCUCGAGCUGCAGCACCAGCACCAGCAGCGGGCGGCAUCAGGGGUUUCUGAUCCAGUGCAUUGAUGCUAAACCUUUGUCCUGAGGGGAAGGGAGGCGAGCUGCGAAUAGCAAGAGUAUAGAGCCGCGAGACUGAAAGGAAAGGAAACGAAGUGGGAGUGAUUGUGGUAGAGCCGAGCCCGAGGACGAGUGGGUCGACUUUCAGAGGUGCGGUUGAGGUUGCUGCUAGGGUGAUGACGAGAGUGAUUUCGAGGUGGACAGAGUAGCGGCUGUUGCUGUGAGGGCGAUAGAGCGAGCUGAGUUCUGUGAUCGCGAACACGUGGAUCUUGGAAACGAGGGCGUAGAGGUCCGUGGACGAGGACGGGUUGAGAAUUGUCGGGAGAUGUCACGAGGCUUAGAAGCAGGCUCAGAGUGCAAUCAUGUGUGACCCCGCGGAAGGCGAGGAGCGAUAAAUUGCUUCUUUCGGAUACCGACUCAGUUCUCUCGUCUGUCUCGCUGCCAAAGAUGGAGUCCAUGCAAAUCUCAAGAGACAAAGUUAGAAACUUGAAACGUGAAGGAUUUGCCCACCUGAAGCUUUUCAUCAAGUCCCGUUCCGGGAAGAAGGAUUCGUUGGAAGAUAGCUCUAGUACCACAAGCACCCCGUCGCCCGACGUGCGAUCAGUCGAGAAAUACGAGGAAGGCACAAGUUUCAGGAAGAAGCUCGUAGAGAUCGAACAUGAGAACUCUUGGAUACGCAUUCACACUCGCGGGAAUAGACCGCCUCCACGGUUUCAUCAUGCCGCAGCGGUCGUGGGUCGCAAGCUACUCAUCAUUGGUGGUGAGACGGGAUCAGAAUUGCUCAACGAUGUACAGAUGUUCCACUUGGGAAAACUUUCUUGGUCGAGCAUUGGAGUUGGAGCGUCCGCGCCAUCUAAAGGCUUGCCCCAGAAAACAAGCCCUGCUCAGGAACUUCCGAAAUGCAAAGGCCACAGUCUGAUCUCAUGGGGCAAAACCGUAAUCCUUAUCGCAGGCCAGAUGGACCCACCUGUCGAUAAAGUCACUGUUUGGUCCUUCGAUUUGGAGAUGGAUUGCUGGACUAAAGUGGCAACGAAGGGAGAAAUUCCGUCCGCACGUAGCGGCCAGACAGUCACUCGUGCUGGUUCUAUCUUGAUCAUGUUCGGAGGAGAGGAUGCUAAAGGGCGGAAGCUGAAUGAUCUGCAUAUUCUGGAUUUGAAGUCGCUGAUGUGGUUACCCCUGCACACAUCGGGUAACGGCCCGUCACCUCGAACGAAACAUAUUGCCGAAAUGUACGACGACAGAUUUUUGUUGAUCUUUGGCGGAGUGACUCGGUCCAAAAUUUCGAACGACAUCUUUGCCCUGGAUUUCGACACUAUGGAGUGGUCGCGAUUGAAGACGAGGGGUCUUCCUCCGACCCCAAGGGCCGGUCACGCAGGCGUUUUGGUUGGAGACAAAUGGUACAUCGUCGGGGGAGAAUCUCGCGUACCUGGUAUCUUGGAAACCAGUGCUCUAAACAUUUCGCUCAUGACAUGGUCCGUGGUUGCACCGGCAUCACCAGACACCGUGACUUCUCACCAGGGUCUUAGUGUCGUCUUUGUUCAAAGGAAAGAAAAGAAAUUUCUAGUUGCCUAUGGAGGACGUGGUACAGAAGCCUCCAGUACGGUUCAAGUUCUGUACCUACCACCCGCGGAAGAAUCGACAGCCCCCAAAACUUUGGGCGGAUUGCUGGGGGUACCUUCAACUCCCGAACCUUCUCACUCUUCAACUCCGGAGAACCAACAACCUUCUCGUCAACACGGAUCCUUACCCAGUUUGCUGGGCUCGACCAUGCCUUGUGCAUGUGUCAAUGUCGCCAAAAGUAACUUGGUAUCUGUUCUAGAGCAUCGCUCUUCUCAAAAAUCAGGCUCUGGAGCAUUUGUCGAUGACCACCUAUACGACUCCAAUUCCGGGUUGAUCCCUUUAAGGAAGAGAUAUGCUAUCAGUCAAGAAUCUAUGAGAGACUCGUUCGCGAAGAGAUCGGAUUCAGUGAAGUCGGCGGACUCAGUGGCGCUGGAUACUUUCGAGGGAAAAGAGAGGCAGCAUGAAACUGCACAGAGCAUCAGAGGGGAUAUGCAAAGCUCAACCACAUCAGUAGAUUCUGGCUUGCUAAGUGCAGAGGAUUAUCGAGUAUCAGCUCCAUCAGUGCGUCCUGCAUCUUCUGUUGGUGAUGUAGGCACGUUGCCCGGCCAGAGUCAAGCAUCACAUUCCAGGAAGACAAGACCUCGGAAGGAGAGCUUUCGAAGCUCGGAGUUUCCAGAUUACGCGGAGACAUCUAUGUCGGGUUCUCAGGAAGAACAACAGUAUACAUGUGAGCAGUCAGUAGCUGCUUCAUCAAGCAGCGUGGAUUCCAGCAUCUCAUGGAUCUCAGCGGGAUGGCCUUCAUCAUCCACCACAACUUCCAACAGGACGACGCCAGAGUACGAGGAAGACGAGCUAAGCAUUGUUGCCAAGCUUCACAAAGCGGACACUCCUGAGCAACGAACAGCGGAGGUUACGAGACUAAGAAGGCACCACGAGCGGAAAUUAGCAGCUUCCAUCAGGAAAGGUGAAAUCAUCGCCGGUCAGCUUGCUGAAGCUUUGAGGAGUAAGGAUGAGGCCGAGAGGACUCUCCAAACUGUGCUCAGAAGCCGUCAAAGGGCAGAAGCGAGGUUAGCUGCGGCUUUGAAGGAGCAAAAGGAGUUGCACGACUCUUUAGCAGCCUCGGCGAAAACCCGGGAAGAAGUUUCCAAUGCGGCUCACAAAACUAGAGUUCACAACCUAAAGCUUGAACACGACCUAGCCCUUGUGAAGGCUGUUCUGGAGGAUACUCAAAAGGAGCUACACUCAACGAGAGGAGUUCUUAUCGGUGAGCGAACAAGGGCUUUCCAGUUACAGGUGGAGCUUUUCGAUGUAAAGCAGAAGUUGCAGACUUUGGACCCUGGGCAUAUCCAUGUACCUCGCGUUCAACAACCCAUCAUGGCUUGAUGAAUCACUGCCUGUGAUCAGUGAGAGAUGCACAAUCCAUAUCAUAGGAAUGUAUUUGGCCAUUAUAGAGCAUACAAUCAUUUGUUUCCUCGUAGCGAUGUCUUCUUUUUGCUCCGGUGGUAUUGCACCUUUGUCUAUAUACGUGACAUUCAUGAUAUCCGCCCAGUUAUAUUAGGGUCUCAUAAUUUGUGGCUGCAAGGAGUCCAUCCUUGUACAUAGCAGUGCGUCAGAGACGGUUAGAAUGUGUAAAUGGCGAGGACGACAUAAUGGACUCCGGUGAUUUGAAUGUUUUCUACCGGACUUGAGAAUAUUUAUGUAACUUCUUGUUCAUGGUGAAAAACCUGAACCUUCUGUUUGGAUACACCCCUUCUUCUACGG